AUGGCAGAUUUGCCCAAAUUUCAUCCCUCUCUCACCGUCACUAAUAUUAAGUCUCUCAUACCCGUAAUAUUAGACAAUGAGCAAGGCUUGUAUCAUUCUUGGGAUACUAUGUUCAUCAAUCUUGCUAGGGUUUAUGAUCUUUACGAUCAUUUGGUUCCACCCACGGAAGUGUCGGCUCUGGCUGCCAACACUACGACCAAGUCGGCUGAUCCGGCUCUUUGGAAGCGUUUGGACGCUGUUAUAUUGCAAUGGAUUUACACUACCAUUGCUUCUGAUCUUCUUCUAGCUAUCCUCAAACGCAAUGACACGGCAGAGGGCGCGUGGAACCGUCUUGAAUCUCUUUUUCAAGACAACAAAGCCUCUCGAGCCACCCAUCUCGAGGAGGACUUUACGAAUGCUGUUUUCGACAGUUUUACCUCAAUUGAUAGUUAUUGUAAUUAUUUACAAUCUCUGGCGGACAAGUUGGCUGAUGUUGAUGCUCCGAUAACUAAUAGUCGCUUGGUUUUACGUCUUACCGAUAGCGUAUAG